AUGCACCCCGCGUAUCCUUAUGGUGCCGCGCCCUUUGAACCACUUGAUGUGAUUCAAGUCAACAUGGCCAUUAUUUGCACGACUGCCACCCGUAUUAUCUCUCGCGUACGGAAAACCGUGCGAGAAUCCCACACUAAGAACCAGUCCACCGCCGGCCAGGGCUCAUACAGCCAUUCAUCCAACACGUCUUCGCGCUAG